GCUGCCUCCUCACAGGGUCAGCUCUGCUAUCCUCCUGCAGCAUCUCGCCCGGGCUCUCGCUCUCUCUCUCGCCUCCUCGAGUCGCCUCACAGCCCCAAGCCAAAAUGAGCAUCCGCAGCAAGACGAUCAGCACCGUGAGGACCAGCACCGUGUCCGGGGGGGGCUUCAGCAGCCGGUCCACUGGCUACGGGGGGCUGUCCAGCAGCUACGGCCGGGAGGCCAGCUUCAGCGCCCCCAUCACGGCGGUGACGGUCAACAAGAGCCUGCUGGCCCCCCUGCACCUGGAGAUCGACCCCAACAUCCAGGUGGUCCGCACCCAGGAGAAGGAUCAGAUCAAGACCCUCAACAACCGCUUCGCCUCCUUCAUCGACAAGGUGCGUUUCCUGGAGCAGCAGAAUAAGAUGCUGGAGACCAAGUGGGGCCUCCUGCAAGGCCAGACCACUGGCAAGUCCCAGAUCGAGCCCAUGUUUGAGCAGUACAUCUCCAGCCUGCGCCGCCAGCUGGACCUCAUCAACAAUGACCGGAACAAGCUGGACGGAGAGCUGAGGAACAUGCAGGGACUGGUUGAGGACUUCAAGCACAAAUAUGAAGAUGAAAUCAACAGGCGCAACGGCCUAGAAAAUGAUUUUGUUGUGCUGAAGAAGGAUGUCGAUGCUGCCUACCUGGUAAAGGCUGAUCUGGAGGACAAAGUGGCUAACCUCACUGAUGAGAUCAACUUCCUGAGGAUCAUCUAUGAAGAGGAGCUACGUGAGCUUCAAGCCAGCAUCAAGGACACUUCAGUCAUCGUGCAGAUGGACAACACCCGCAACCUCAACAUGGACCAGAUCGUGGCCGAAGUUAAGGCCCAGUAUGAGGAAAUUGCUGCCAAGAGUCGUGAGGAGGCUGAAUCCUGGUACAAGACCAAGUUUGACCAGAUGUCUGCCCAGGCUGGCCAUUACGGAGAUGAACUGCGCAACACCAAGGCCGAGAUCGCCGAGCUGAACCGUAUGAUCAGCAGGCUGCAGAACGAGAUCGAAGCUGUCAAGGCGCAGCGUGCCAGCCUGGAGGUACAAAUUACAGAGGCCGAGGAGCGUGGUGAUCUGGCAGUGCGUGAUGCCAAGGCCAGGGUCAAGGACCUGGAAGAAGCCCUGCAGAGAGCCAAGCAGGACAUGGCCCGCCAGGUCCGCGAGUACCAGGACCUCAUGAAUGUCAAGCUGGCCCUGGACAUCGAGAUCGCCACCUACAGGAAACUGCUGGAAGGAGAGGAGAGCAGACUUUCCCAACAGUCUGUGAUCAACAUUCACUCUGUCCCCAGCCUCAACUCUUCCAGGACAAUGAAUGGAUACCAGCAGAGCAGCUCCAGCUCCAAGGUGCUCAUCAAGAUGACGGAGACCCGAGACAACACCAGAUUCAGCUCCCGUUAGAAUGGACCGGAACUACAAGCCGAGCAAACUGGAUUCAGCACUUCACUUUCAGCUUAGGCCUAGCAAGUGAAACCAGUCUCCUGGGUUUCCGAGCUCUUUGAUUGCUUAUGGUUUAAAAUUAACUGCUCUUCACUAUUGAUCACCCUUUCUUGCUCUCUCCUACCUUGCAGUCCAGCUUGCACUGUGUAUUCCCAGACAGGAAACCUGCCUGUCACAUGUCUUUUUUACACGAAUGAGAGGGAUCGAAUACUGCCAACGUAAAAAACAAACAAACAGAUAAAGCAAUGUAAAAGAAAUCAUACUUGUAAAAGAAAGAAAUAUGUAGAUGCACUGAAAAAGAUUAAAAGGUCUUUAAGAA